AUGCACAACCCCCUCAAUUUGCCUUGCGAGUUUGCGAGAAGUGUGUUAGCCGCAAUGCUGGAAACGGCUACAACCCGCUUGGAGCCCUCCAACAGACAGCGAGAAAUGCUGCUGAGGCAGGUUGGCCAGCCCCAAGGGUUGAAUGGGGCAAGUGCACAGGUGGAUGUGAUUAUGGUCCAAACGUGA